AUGAAAGAGUCGAUAGAAGAUGCCAAGAAAUGCUAUGCGUUAGAAGUUGAAGACGUGCUGGAUGUGGAGAUGUUGCUGAUUGAUGGUUGUUUCGUACUCGAACUUCUCUACAGGUAUUACCUUAUCAACUAUCCUCCUAAAGAAAAGAACCAAAUUAGUACCGGCGAUCCUAUUUUUAGCAGCAUUCAGAUGUGUGCCAAUGUUCAACACGAUUUGAUACUGCUCAAAAACCAGCGUCCUUUCUUUAUUCUUGAGAAGUUGUUCCCCUUCACCCUGGAUCGUAUACCGGAUAUUAGUCUUUCGCUUAGUCAAUUUGUCAUUUUAUACUUUGGCAACUCGAUGAAUUAUGAAAGCAAAGUCAGUACCAUACCAAAGAAGAGUGGGAAAUUUAAUCAUCAUAUUCUCCACCUUCUACAAAACAACUACCUUCCUGAUAAUGAUCUACCCAAAGAAGGUGGUCUCAGCGAAUUCAUGCAUUCUGCAUCUGAAUUCGACUACGCAGGAGUCAAGUUUAUGCCCGAUAAUGAACAAGGCAUGUUCAAUUUCAAAGUUAAAUUCAGUGGAGCUCGAGGCAUUUUCAAAUGGUGUCACAGAGCAUGUUUUGAAAUCCCAUCUCUCUGCAUUUACGAUUUCACUGAGCCUUCCUUGAGAAACAUCAUUGCGCUCAAGCAGUGUUGCCCUGGUGUUACUUGCUUAUUCACAUCUUACGCAUUCCUUAUGGACAGACUCAUAGACAAUGCAAAACAUGUGGGAGUGCUUGGAAAAGCCGGGGUGAUAUGUAACUAUUAA